UCCCGGACGCACCGAGGCGAAGGAAAAGCAGUCAGUCUGCCUUUAAGCGCGCGGAAGUUAGUGAUUUAAUCUGUGCAAACUGGAAAACUUUUUUAUUGUGAAUCAAGGAACUUUUCGAUGUACAAUGCGGUAGAAAAACAAGUCGCCAACCCAACGGAAAAGCAUUUAUAAAAACAGAAAAAUGUUUACGAACGCAAUUGUAGUCAUUGGUCUAUUUUUAACCGUAACCCACGGUGUUGAUGUUAACUCUAAUGAAGAAUCCAAUGAAACGAGAAUGAAAACAAACAAUGAAUUAGACCCCAAUUAUGUUAAUGAAGCUAAUGAUAUAGACGAUAAUGAAUUAAAAGUAGAAGAUAUAAGUAAAUAUGAACAGAGUGAGCUAAAACAGUUGAAUGUUGAAGUUAAUAAAACAGAAGAAUGUGUGGGUUCUGAAGAGUACUGUAAUAUGACCAAAGAAGAAUACAUGACCAUGUUAAAUGAUUACAUCUACCCGCAAACUUACGAAUGGGUUUUGAUUGGGACGCACACAGUUGUAUUUAUAAUUGGACUUAUGGGCAAUGCGUUAGUGUGCAUAGCUGUUUAUAGAAACCACACCAUGAGGACUGUCACAAAUUACUUCAUAGUGAAUUUGGCGGUAGCAGACUUCAUGGUGAUCCUAUUCUGCCUUCCACCUACAGUCCUAUGGGACGUGACAGAGACAUGGUUUUUGGGGAACGUGUUGUGCAAAUUGCUACUCUAUUUCCAGUCGGUGUCGGUGACGGUGUCGGUGCUGACGCUGACGUUCAUCAGCGUGGACCGCUGGUACGCCAUCUGCUUCCCGCUCAAGUUCAAGUCCACCACCGGCCGCGCCAAGACCGCCAUACUCAUCAUCUGGACCAUCGCGCUGACCUUCAAUUCUCCAGACCUGGUGGUGCUGGAGACAGUGAAGUCAGUGCCUCUUCGGUUUGACAUGGAGUACCUCGUGCAGUGCAUGGCUAACUGGUCGCCCCAGAACGAGCUGAUUUGGCAUGUGCUGAAGGUGCUGUUUAUUUACACGAUCCCAUUAACUCUGAUGACAGUGGCGUACUACCAGAUCGUCCUGGUCCUCUGGAAGAAUAAGAAGAUACCUGGGCAAGCUGAAACCAUCAAGUUAGCACCUGCAGAGCAAACUCAGCUCAGAUCUCGAAGGAAAGCCGCCAAGAUGCUGGUGGCUGUGGUGGUGAUGUUCGCAGUCUGCUACUUCCCAAUCCACCUGCUUUGUAUACUCCGUUACACAGUAGACAUGGAGCAGAGCGAUGCGGUCACGUUCUUGGCGCUUGUAUCACAUGUACUUUGCUACGCCAACUCCGCAAUUAAUCCGCUCAUAUACAACUUCAUGAGUGGUAAAUUCCGUCGGGAGUUCAGACGAUCCUUCUGCUGCUCCGUGCCAGUUCCAGACAAGUUCACGACCUUAACCAGGGUCACCACCUCCAAGGUCAGGCGGCCUUGCAUGAUGGACUUCCAGGGUCACAGGACGCCUGAGAACUACGUCUGCAGCACCACGUUUAUUGAGAACGGGUAUAGGAAGGGGUACUUGAGAUAAGUGUGAAGUGAAGUGAAGUGACAGCUUUGAAGUGAAGUGACAGUAAAAAUUUAAGAGUAAAACUCAUGACAUUGGAUGCCAUGCCAUGGAGGUGACCAGUAA